AAGGGGAAGAAGACGAAAGGAAACACCGCCUCCUGUGACGUCCGCGCCCGUUCCCCCACGUACGCCGUAGACGACGGGGUCGGCCCUAUUGAUUCCCGAGAAAUGCUAUUCCGGGAACCGAGCCAAGUGGGUUCGUGUGUCGGGCUGGAAGGUACGUCCGAUGGCAGAAAGCAGAUGCAGCAGAUAUGCUGCGUUCGUGCUUGAUGUCAUCGCAACGCUACCACGCUUCUCCGCACCGCACGUACAUGCUGCAUUUUGUUCUCCUACCCGACUGCGGUAGCGAGCUACACAGAAUCAACCAUCUGAUGUAGCUGCGAAGACCAUCAACCCCCUCCCUCCCUCUGUGUGACUUGCAAAAUGGCAGCUGAAUCGCAGAAGACACGUGAUGGUUGCACUAUUGAUGGCUACCAGAACAGUGCCUUCCAUGAGGACCCUGUUCCGUUUGUAAAGACCGAGCGAUCUCCUUCGACCACCAACAUUCAAGAGCCUGUCCACGAGGCCACACCACUGACCACAGGCCUCACAUUAUGGUCGAGGCUUCGGCGGAAGCUCUGGGCCCUGCCGUUGAUUUACACGCAGUUCUGGUUCGCAGGGGUGUGCUCUCUCAUGGCGCCCUACUUUCCAGGGUUGGCUGCAAAAAGAAGCUUGAAUGCUUGGCAGUACGGUUUUUUCUUCUCCACUUGGAAGAUCGGUCUUCUUAUAGGCUCCAUCAUAUCUGAAAGAGUGACAGCGUAUGUCUCGCCGAAGGCAGGUUACCUCACGGGCCAAGUGGGACUUUUCAUAUUCACGGUUGCCUUUGGAUCGUUCUUCUGGAUCCAAGAUGGCCCCACGCUUCUGGGUCUGUCCAUCACGUCGGCCAUCUUCGGAGGCACGGUUGCCAGCAUGUACACAGUUAGCCUGUACUCCAUGAUCACUUCCAGAUUCCACGACGACGCCGGGCUACUCAUAGCAUCAAUGGAAGCACUAUGGGGCAUUGGGUCCAUGGCGGGCGCUGUGACAGGAGGCGCACUUAUUGAUCUAUGGGAGUACCCUCUACCCUUCUACGUCAUGGGCACGCUAGUUCUCAUAUCAUUUCCGUUCAUGCUCAGAAUGGAACCACGACAAGAAUGCACUGCACCUCAGCUGUUAGCAGAAGCAGCACAACAGCAGGAUGUUAGAUACUAUAGGCUCCUGUGGGACCUUCCAUUCCUGUCAGACAUGGUGACUGUAACUCUGGCCUGGGGAAUAUUGAGCUUCAACGAGCCAACCUUGGAACCUUUCCUUGAACAGUUUAAACUGAACAGCACGCAGGUAGGAACUGUCUUUACAGUUCAAUCCGUAUGCUACGCCGCAUCAGCUCUCGUUGCAGGAGCACUUGCUAAGUACAAGUACGAACGUGCCACUAUAUUUCUCGCAACUGGUCUCGGAUGCUUGGCUUAUCUAGUUGCUGGGCCCGCACCGUUCAUCAACACGGAACCAAACUUAGCGCUCGUAUACCUGGCCCAAGUCUUCAUGGGGUGCGCCAUGUCAGGCCAAUUUGUCUGCGGUUACAUGCAUGCUCUACGUUCCAUCAUAAAACGAGGUUAUCCCGACAAUGUUCGCACCAGUAGCCUUGUAUCCAGUGCCGUGUUCUUCUGCAUGAUAGUCGGAGCCGUGGCAACAUCACCGCUGGCCGGAUAUUUGGCAGAAACGUUCGGCUACAGAAACGCAAGCCUACUCAUGUUCGCCGUUCUCUUAUUAUGGACACUCGUGACGGGCUUCCAGUGGCUACGUUCCUUCUGCACUGCGAGCGAUGUGAUACACUUAUGAUAUUUUUGUGUACAUAAUAAAUUUUUAGGGAAUGUUAAA